AUGGCAACAGCACGUACAGCCGAAGAGCUGCGAGCAGAGAUCGAGGCCGCCCGGCGCCAAAUUGCGGCAGAGAGGGCCAGGCGGCAGGAGCUCAAGGCCGAGACGGCCCAGGCGGCGGAGCGGCAGAGGCUCCGUAUGGAGCUGGACUUUGCGAGGCAGCGUUUGGAAAUGGAGCAGCAAGAAAAUCAGCGUGAAGCCGAGCGUCGACGGUCCUUGGAUGAGGACCAGAGCAGUUGGCUUUCUUUCGUCGAAUCCUCCGAUCUUGGACGACCAGGCGGAGAAUACAUACGGCCCCAAACUGUGUUGCUGGCUAGUGGUGGAAACAGCACUGACUGCGCAAAACAGGUCGCCAAGGGCGAGUACGUCUGGCGAAUCACAGGCUACUCCUGGUUGAAGGGCAUGAUUGAACAGGACGACCAGGAGUACCUUGUCCAAUCCGAGGUGUUUCAUUUGGGUGAUGAGACGUUCGUGUUUUGCUGCAACCCGUGGGCAAGCGAGCUUUGUCAGGAUUAUCAUGGGUCUCUCGCCAUAGUGCUGUCGACGGACGCUCGCGUUAUGCUUCGGUAUCGCAUCUACGUCAAAGCGCGUAACGGUGAGUUCUUGCAGUGGGGCGAGACACGAGAUGUCGUCCACCGCGGCCACCCAAACAGGUGGGCUGCAUACGGCCCCGAUGUGCAUUGGCCGGGUCAUCCUCCUGCUUCACCGGGCAUCUUUGGGCUGAGCCAUGAGGAGCUGCUGCAGUCCGAAUGGGUGGAGAACGACACGUUGACCGUGAAGUUCGAGCUUGAAGUUCGUCCCGACAGGUGGGCAGACUCGGUGCCCUUCAGCCUUGUAGGGGAGGUUCCUCAGCCAACUAUGACUGGCGACACACGGGCGCUCUUGGAGGAAGGCAAGUUCAGCGAUGUGAGGUUCAUGGUGCAGGACCAGGUGAUCCAUGCCCACUCGCAGAUCCUUUGUGCUCGAUCCGAGGUGUUCAGCAAGCAGUUGACUGGCGGCAUGCAGGAGAGCAUGUCUAAAGUCAUCGUCAUCGAAGAUUGCGAUGUCGCUACGUUCAAUGCUUUCCUUCAGUUCCUCUACACCGAUCAGCUUCCGGAUGCCAAGGAGCUCCUUCCGAAGGGGGCAUCAGGCGAGCCCCAGAAUGACAGCGGCAACCCUAACUUGUCAGGGAUUCAGGCGCUUUUGGCCGUCAGUGACAAGUAUCAAGUCAAGAGGCUUCAGCUGUGGUGUGAAGCGAAGCUUUCCGAAGAAAUCAACGCUUCACAGGUCUGUGGCAUCCUCUGCCAAGCGCAUCUGCUGCAAGCGAAGCCGCUCGAAACGGCAUGCCUUUCCUUCAUCAAGGACCACAUGAGCCAAGUGCUCACGACGCCUUCCUACAUUGAGCUUGUCAAGAAGUGGCCUCAACUCGCUCUGAAGGUCAGCCUCUUCUCGGCGGGCGUGUCCGAAGCCGAGGCAUUGGCCACCAUAGAUGAAUUGGUGAAGCCGCAAGAGCAACCAUCGGCGGAGCAGACGGCCGACUCACGACGCUAG